GGAAAGCUUUGGAGGUUUUGGUCUCUUGGUUGGUUUAAACCCACAUUCGGCAGACAAACAUGAGAUGCUGUUUGCCCUUAGUGUUCCUGCUGCUGAUACAGAAAGUGUCCUUGCAGGAUGUUCAAGCCGUUGUAGGAGACACCGUCAUCUUACCGUGUUCAAACAGUCAUGAGGCCCUGCUGGGUAAAGUCAGUGUGUUCUGGAGAUUUGGAGACACCAUCACUGUGUACGACAUCAUGGACAGCAGCGUGAAUUUUGAUGAGCAGGCCACAUCCUACAAAAACAGAGUGGACAGUUUUCCAGCUGAGUGGACAAAGGGAAACUUCUCCAUCAAACUCCGCGAUGUGAGGAAGAGUGAUGGAGGAACGUACACCUGCUUCCUUCUUAACGUCAACGCCAAAAACAAAGUACAGCUGACUGUCAAAGAUCGUCCAGUCACACCAACAGACAGUAACUCAAGAAACGGCGACGUCAGAAGAAGACCAGACCGACUUUCACUGCUCUUUGCGUUUCUGCUGGGAUGCUCUCUGCUGUGCGCUUAAGCUCGACAGACGAAUCUGCGCUAACGAAAGUACAAUCCUUCACAUCCGCUCUGUUUCACAGAGAAACAUGGUGUUCAGGGUUAGGGCCACUGUUAAUAAAAAUAAAAAAGUAUUUCAGGGGGGAAAAAGUCAUGAUACUUGGAGAAAAAGUCAAGAUAUUUCAGGAAAAAAGUCAUAUUUUGAGAAAAAUCAGAAUGAGGAGCGAAGUGAUUGAUAUUUGUGUUUGUAGACAUACAUCACUAGAUAUUUACUCCUGAUCAGAGCAAAUCCAGUAGUUCGGUAAACAUUAACCCUUUAAGGUCGAACAAAAACUCGGCUACACUGCGUUUAUUUGAUAUGUAAAGAACAUUCGCCAACAAACCCAAACAAUUCAGAGAUUUUGGUUUAGUCUGUCUCACAAAUGACAUCUUUCAGCAACUGACCGCCUGAAUUGGAACCUGAUUAAUACAUUAGAAAUGCUGUAUUGUUACUGUUAAAUUAUUUAUUACAAGCGCUUGUCGAUCCAAACUGCUCCGAAUGAACAAUCCAACAUUAAAAGAAGCCCCGGGCAUCUUUUAUACCGUGAUAGGAAACACAGCAGCUCACGCCCUGGUUGAGCCGAAGCUGCACUCGUAUCUCUGGGGGAAUGUAAGAGGGUGUAGUGUCCUUGGUAGAUUAGCUCGUCUGGAAGGUUUCAGAGGGCGUGAGAAUGAUAAUGUUGGCAGGCUUUACACAUCAACAUCGCUGCAGAACGCAGAGGAAACCGGCACUUCAACGCUGUUCCUCUUUACUGUCUACAUAGAUCACGUUUUCAGCACUGCACAUCUAGAAUAGCCGCUGUGCUGCUCCCAGAUCAGCUCAUCCGCUUCACGGUGAUUGAUGAUGCAUCUCCACCCCAGAGUGUUCAGCCUUAGCAGCUUUAACGAAGGGGUGUAAUUUCGGUAUGAGAACUCCUAACUUUACAGUAUCAUAUCGCUUUUCGGAAGAAAACCUCGCAUCUCCAACAUGGUAACUUUACAGGAGAAGAAGAAACCUUGGUUUAAUUU